AUGGUAUUCUGGAAGUCGGCGCCGCCUGCGCAACAGCCGCAUACAGCGGCAAGCACGGGAAUGGAUCACAGUGAGGAGAGGAUGGCAGAGGUGGACGAGCCGCCAGACGAAAGACGGUCGAGCAUAUCAUGGGCAUCGAGUAGAAUCCCCGAACCUUACUUGAAGACGACAACACGGCAACAGAUGUCGCAAAGGCGCGAGUCGUUGCUGACGCGACAAUUGCAUUCCGAAACCGAGCAUAGCGACGAAGAGCAUGCGCUACCAACGAUGCGCGCUUUAAGUACACAAUCUACCUGGAGCAACCAGAGUGCCUCUACGGCAGAGCUCACGAGCGACGACGGACGUAGUAUGCCCAGUCCAACCGUUAGCCCACCACUAGCACCGACACAAGUCUACACCACACUUCCAAUACACGAGAAGCCAUUGGAACGUAAGGUGAACAUCGCUGGGCAGGACGAUGCGGGUGUCACUGGCCAGGAGACUUCUGCGGGUGCCGAGAAGACUGUGGAGGCUACCUUGGGACGUAAGAGAUGUAUCAUGUUUGCAUGUCGUGGCAAGGACGAGGCAAAACCCAAGACCACACCUCCGACCUCUGCUCCCGCACCAGUAGCUGCUGCUCCGGUAGUCGGACUGUUUGCAUCAUCUCCACCUAAGCGGAAAUGCAUGAUCAAAUUCGCGUGCCCAUCCAAAUCGACUUCUGCGACCAAGCCUCUUGAGCCUGCUCCCGCCAAGCGACAUUCGAGUCCACCUCCACCGCCACAACGCCGAACUUCCGGUCAAAAGCCACAUCGUGGAUCGGACAGCACUGUCACUCAUGCUUCACCUAAGAGUGUAAGGAAGAGUCCCAGUAUCAUCACUACUGUUCCCACGCCAACGACAGCUGAGCCUGUCGAGCCGACAGAGAUUGAAGAGGCAUCCCGUCCGUCAAUUCCUCGUAAGCUGUCGAACGACUCUGAUGGUGCUGGUGCAGGAGAGGCUCUUCGCUUUCACGAAUUCGCUAGCAGCGAGGGUGAAUCAGAGGAGUGGAUGCAUGAAUCGAGUUGCCACCGAAGCAGAUUGACGAUUGGCGAUACUCUUCAGAAGGAGUCCGUUAUCCGCAAAGCUUGUGAAGAAGUUGAGGAGGAAGUGCUGGAGGAGGACGAAGAUGACGAUGAUGUGGAUGAGGCAGAGACUGCUGAGGAACAGGCUGCCGAUUUGAAAGAGGAUGAAGACGAUGCCGAUGAGAUUGUUGAAGAAGAAUCUGACGAAUCUGACGCGGGCUUCCACUCCGACGAUGAGGAAGGCUUUGCCGCUUCAGAUGAUGAUGGCGAGGAGAGUGAUUAUGAGUGGUGGAAGCCUGGUGGAUCAACAGCCGCGACGUCCGUCGAGCACCUCGACAGGCUGCACGCUCACACCAAGGUCGAUGCCGAUGUGCUCGGCUCGUCGCUCAACUCGAUCAGUUCCCACGAGAUGUCCCCUAAAGCCAAGAAAAGACUGCAUCGGAGAUCUCACGGGCAUGCACGUUCGCAUGCUAUUCCUAUCAGCAAUCGACUGCAGGUUGAGGACGACCAGGAGCUACCUGACUCUACGGAUUUCGUGUGCGGUACGCUAGACGAGGACAGACCGACGGAGCAAGCGUACAUCAACCGAAAGAAGAAUCUUGAAGCUGCCAAGCACAAGGCCAGACCACAGGAUAUCGACCCUACCUUCCCUACCUCAGACCCUGAGAUGGACGAGGAGGACGACGAUGACCUUGUCGACGGCUCCGAAAGCGAUCGCGAGAACAUGGUGCAUGGCGACAUGGAAGAAGUUGAUGAGGAGGGAGACGAACAGCUGACACUCAAGCGCCGUCCUUCCGUACGUCGCGGUAGGAGCAACGUGCAUCAUUCGCCACCUCCGCCGUCCAAGUUUCAUUCGCCACCACCAUCAAAGCGCCCUUCAGUCAAGCACCAUUCGCCACCACCGCCCAUCACCAAGCGUGUCAGUGCACGCUCGCCGGCACCAACGAGGAAGCUAUUUGGUCACUCGCCACGGCGGAAUAGAUCUCCAGCACCAGGCACUCGCAUGACCUCGCCACCCAACAGCCGUCAUGCAUCCCCAUCUGGGGCCAUGGCAUUCAUGAGGUCAUCCAAGGCACUCGCCGAACGACCACAACUUACGCAUACUGCCUCUCUACCACGCGGUGGCUUCCUACUUAGUAGGAUGGGCUCAACCAUCCACGAAGACGCCGAAGGCUCCGAUACUGUCGGUGUUGCCAACGACGUACCAAGGCGUGGCGCUAUCGAUAUCGUCAAAGGCCUUGAGAAGAAACGCCAACGUCGCAAGGAGAAGAUGUGGCAAAAGAUGUGCGCUAGAGCUGCCGCUAAGGGCGAAAAGCCGCAUAAGGUCAAGCCCGGCAAGGGCUGCGAAAGGAUGCGUGAGGUAGGGUUGCAGUUGCAGGAGUACCAGGGCAAGGCGCAGCAUAUCCUGUCCUUGUAG